AUGGCGAGCUCCAAGGGCGAGCCUCUGGAUGAUAUCUCUCAUUCAGCAGGUCAACAUCAUCAUUCACCUCUAUCGGAUCCCAUGCGCCGGUCAUCUCUUGCCUCGUCACAGAACCUGCCCGGGAAUGCUGCUGCCGGCGAUCGCUCGUCGCAGCAGUACCACGUGCGCUUUUCAACCGACGAGCCGACCGUCACACCUCCCCAGCAUCCAUCAGCAUCGUCCUCCACCGAUCGAAGGCCCGGCCCACGAGGACUCACCAUCGACACGGCGCUGGCGCCCCCGUCGACUCUUCUCUCAGGACGAUCCCCGACGUCCCCCCUAUCACCUCCGAAUGCGGCACCACUGGGCGCCACGGCGCUUUCGCCCAUCUCCCCCGUCAGCCCGGAUUCGGCCGCGGGCCGAUCACGAUCGCGAAAUCGUGGCUAUUCCCUCCGACGCAGUAUCUUCAACAAGACCUUUCAGACGCAGGACGAGACCUCCGGCGUCGAGUUGAGCGAGGCCAGAAUUGGGACAUGGAGUACUCCCGAGGAUGGAAUUUCUGUCGCAACCAAGGCAGUGGACGGCUCGUCUUCCAAGGCUGCGGAGAAUGAAUUGAGUUCCACGCCAACGGCUACAGUAGAAUGGAUCAAGGAUGAGACUUCCAAGUAUCCUUCUUCGCGCUCGGAUGUGCCGACCAAGGAAUGGUACACAGCCUCUGCGCAGGAUAAGUGGGCCAAACAGAAGGCCGCCACAACUGCGCUCGUCACCCGUGCAGAGGCAAUGGUGACCGCGGUCCAGCGAUUCAUUCUCCGCAUCAAGGAUAUACCACCAACGAAAGAUGGCCGACACAUUGAUCUCAACCCAUCUCUCGUGGAAACGCUGACUGACGAACGCACCGGCAAGCCCUACUGUGCCAAUUGGAUCCGAUCAAGUCGGUACAGUUUCUGGAGUUUCUUCCCCCGGCAAUUGUUCGCCCAGUUCACCAAAUUGGCCAAUUUUUAUUUCUUGAUCGUCGCCAUCCUGCAGAUGAUUCCCGGGCUGAGUACGACAGGAACGUUCACCACCUUUGUUCCCCUGUUGAUUUUCGUUGGUAUCUCCAUGGGCAAGGAAGGAUUCGAUGAUUGGCGCCGAUACCGCCUGGAUAAGGAGGAGAACAAUCGCUUUGCGUGGGUGCUUCGUCCCGGUCAGGCGCCCGUUUUGGAUGGUGCUUCUGUUGCCACGGGUGCACAUGACUGGGUACAAGUCAAAUGGCAAGAUAUUCGAGUUGGGGAUGUUAUCAAGCUGGAACGUGAUCAGCCCGUUCCCGCCGAUUUCGCCCUCCUUCACGCAGACGGUCCCAAUGGAGUGGCGUACAUCGAGACGAUGGCUCUGGACGGAGAGACAAACCUGAAGAACAAGCAACCCUGUCCAGCCGUUGCAAAGGUGUGCGCCACGGUCGAUGAGAUGGUCUGCAAUUCCUUGCACUUUGUGGUGGAGGAUCCCAACAUCGACUUGUACAAAUUCGACGGCCAUGUCACUGUGAAUGGCCAAGAAAAGCUUCCCUUGACCAACAACGAAAUCGUGUAUCGGGGUAGCAUUCUUCGCAACACGGACAACGUAACCGGUAUGGUGAUCUAUACGGGCGAAGAGUGCAAGAUCCGCAUGAACGCCAACAAGAAUCCCCGCAUCAAGAAACCUGCUCUGCAAGGCAAGGUCAACCGUGUCGUCGUGAUCAUCGUGCUUUUGGUGGUCACCCUCGCCGUUGCCUGUACGAUUGCCUACAAGUUUUGGGCACAGGAUGUGGAACGCUACUCCUGGUACAUCAGCGACGCAAAUGUCUCCUACGGACCUGUGUUCACCUCGUUCCUGAUCAUGUUCAAUACCAUGAUUCCCAUCUCUCUGUACGUGAGCAUGGAAAUCGUCAAGGUGGUGCAGAUGCUCCUCUUGAACGACAUUGACAUGUACGAUCCCGAGACCGACACGCCUCUGGAAGCGCGCACGUCAACUAUCAACGAGGAGCUGGGCCAGGUGAGCUACAUUUUCUCAGACAAGACCGGCACUUUGACGAAUAAUUCUAUGCGAUUCCGCAAAAUGAGUGUGGCGGGUACCGCCUGGUUACACGAUUUGGAUCUGCAGGAAGAAGCUGCCCGGGAGGGCGAGAAGCUCAUCCACAAGAAGCGCAGUGCCAAGGGGAAGAAAGCAGCGGGGCGAAAAUCGACAGCCUCCGACAUGCGUACCAGUCUUGCUCGACCUUCCAAUGUCUCUGCGAGUGCCGAACAGGCGCGUCGAAAUGGACGUUCGGUCCCUUAUCGCACGAUCGAGAUGCUGGAGUAUAUCCAGCGUAAGCCAUUCACCGUCUUUGCACGGAAAGCCAAGCUUCUUCUCCUGGCCAUGGCUCUGUGUCACACGUGCAUCCCCGAGGAAGAUGAGGAGAGUGGCGAGGUGUCGUUUCAGGCUGCCUCACCCGACGAGUUGGCUCUCGUGAUGGCUGCGCAAGAGCUGGGCUACUUGGUAACUGAUCGGCAAGCAAACACCCUCACUAUUCGCACUUACCCGAAUGGCGUUGGCGAGUCGGCUGUCGAUGAGACUUACGAAGUCAUGGAUGUCAUUGAAUUCUCCAGCGCCCGAAAGCGCAUGUCAGUCGUGGUUCGCAUGCCCGAUCAACGGAUUUGCCUAUUCUGCAAGGGCGCAGAUACCGUCUUGAUGCGUUUGCUGAAGAAAGCUGAGCUGGCCCAUGAGAAGGCAACGGAGAUCGAGCGUCGGGCAAGCCGGCGCAAGGCUGUCGAAGCCAACUCGGUGAUCCGACGAAACAGCGAAUACCAUAGCCGCAAAGAUAGCGGCGUCCGAAACAGCCUCAGUCGACCCAGCAUGAGCCGACCGAGCUUUGCUCAUCGCCGUUCGUCGAUUUCCGGCCAUCACGCUGCCUCUGUUCGCGAAAGCAUCGAUCUGUGGCUUCGUGAUCGUGAAAACGACGGGAGGGCGCCCAAUCGGGAGAGUGAAAGUAUUUACUACAGUCCUCGACCGUCGGCGCAACUGGGUCGUAACUCCACGGCUCUUUCUGAUUCUGGCAGUUCGCACCACGAGGAGGAAGAGGAUGGUGACUUGGUGGAGGAAGCUCUCGUCGUGGAUGAGGCCGCUGUCUUUGAGCGCUGUUUCCAGCAUCUGAACGAUUUUGCCACAGACGGACUCCGCACUUUGCUAUAUGGGCAUCGGUUCCUGGAUGAGUCUACGUAUCGGACCUGGAAGACCGCCUUUCAGGAUGCUUGCACCAGUCUUGUGGAUCGACAGCAGAAGAUUGAGGAGGUUGGGGAGCAGAUUGAGACCCAGCUCGAGCUCACGGGCGCAACCGCAAUCGAGGACAAAUUGCAAAAGGGCGUCCCGGAGGCCAUUGACAAGCUGCGUCGUGCCAACAUCAAAUUGUGGAUGUUGACCGGCGACAAGCGAGAGACGGCGAUCAAUGUUGGACACUCGUGUCGGCUGGUCAAGGAUUACUCUACGUUGACCAUUCUUGAUCAUGAAAAUGGAGACGUGCCGGAGACGAUUGUUGAUCUCACGUCCGACUUGAUCCACAACAAAGUGGCGCAUUCCGUCGUGGUCGUCGAUGGUCAGACAUUGUCCGAAAUUGAGGCCGACGAUGUUGUUCGGGAACAAUUCUUCCAGCUCGCCGUUCGUGUUGAUUCGGUCAUUUGCUGUCGAGCUAGUCCCAAGCAAAAGGCCUUCUUGGUCAAGUCCAUUCGUACGCGUGUCAACGAUUCGAUCACUUUGGCUAUUGGCGAUGGUGCCAACGAUAUUGCCAUGAUUCAGGAAGCUCACGUGGGUAUCGGCAUUACCGGCAAAGAAGGACUGCAGGCCGCUCGUAUCUCGGAUUACUCGAUCGCCCAAUUCCGCUUCCUCCUGAAAUUGCUACUGGUGCACGGUCGAUGGAACUACAUGCGCGCUUGCAAGUACACCCUGGGUACUUUUUGGAAAGAGAUGCUUUUCUAUCUCACGCAGGCGUUGUACCAGCGUUGGAACGGAUACACGGGUACCUCCCUGUACGAGCCGUGGAGUUUGAGUAUGUUCAAUACGCUGUUCACUUCACUCUGUGUCAUCUUCCUCGGAAUCUUCACCAAGGAUCUGUCUGCGUCGACCUUGCUUGCGGUGCCGGAACUCUACACCAAGGGUCAACGAAACGGUGGGUUCAACAUUCGACUCUAUCUUGGUUGGACGUUGAUGGCUGUUUGCGAAGCCAUGAUCAUCUUCUUCACCAUGUAUGGGCUCUUCGGCAUGGUUCAAAUCAACCCAUCCGGUAUCGAUACGUUUUCUCUUGGCCUUCUCACUUUCAGUGCCUGCAUUGCCGUCAUCAACAUCAAGUUGCAAGUGCUGGAGGUUCACAAUAAGACUUGGCUGUCCCUUGCCGUUGUCAUCAUCUCCGUCGGCGGCUGGUUCUUGUGGAACAUGAUUCUCUCGGAGCAAUACAAAAUGUCCUCCGGCAAGGGCGUCUACGCGGUCCCAAGCAAUUUCCUCCACCACGUUGGACACAAUCUCCUCUUCUGGGUUGUCCUCCUUCUUUCCGUCGCGGCUGUCCUCCUCUUCGAACUCACGGUCUCCACUCUGCGCACCUUCUUCUUACCCACAGAUGUCGACGUCUUCCAGGAGUACGAGCAGGAUUUGGAAAUCCGCAAACGCUUCGAGGAGGCUUCCGCUUCGGAGCUGCAGCAAGGCUGGGACCGCGGCACAAAGAAAUCCUCGCUUGAAAUCGCACGCGAAAUCGAUGAGCUUCACGAGGCGAAUGCUCGCGAGCAACACGUCCAAGAGCUGUUGUCGCGGCCUCGUGUGAUGACCGAUACAAAGCCCUUUGCGUAUGAAGUCGAGUUGGAGGGGUCCUCUUCAAAUGCCAGCGGUAGCGUCCCCGCCAGUCACAGUGGCCCCGUCGGUGGCGAUCAUCCCGCCCAGGCCGAGAUUGUGUCCCCGACAGAGUCAUGUGCGCCGCGUCGAUCUGUCGAGAUCCACGAGUUGUUCAGUCGAGGAUUUGGUUCGAUUCGAAAGGGCAAUUUAAAGUGA